AUGGCCGGUGUCACGGUGGAAGCAGGCUCGCCUCUGGCUCACGAGAUCCAGCGCGUCGCCCAGACCAAGUUGAUGGAGAACAGCUGGGCGCCUGAGGAGACAGAUACCACACUAUCAGAGUACGUGACGAUGAUGCUGGUCAACGGCAAGGAUAUGCAAGGCGUGCAGGCCGAGCUUGGGGGUGAAUUAUUAGGCGUGGGCGAAGACGACCCGCAAGUCGCGGAUUUCACGCGGUGGCUGUUCGAUCAGGCGCGAUCGUUGAGUGGACAGGGCGCGGCGGUGGAGAGUAGUGGCGAGAUGGGUGGAGUGGAGAAGGCGGGUGGUGAGCAGACCGACUCUGGUAUGGAUGAGCAGAUGGACGAGGCGGGUGCUGCGGAGGGUGUGCCAAGUGGGCCGAAAGCGAUGCGGAACGGCAGUGAAGGCGGACGAGGUGGUCGAGGAGGACGCGGUGGGCGCAUGCUCGGCCAGAUGAACAGAUCUAUGGACCGAGCACAAGACGACCCCUUACGACGGAUCAAGGGUGCCGCUUCUGGAGCCGGCCGAAUAGAUGGACAUGCCGGCCGAGCACCACGGGGACCACGCGGUGGAAACCUUGCAAACGGACUGCAGCGCACGAUGAACGGCAACGGAAGAGGCGGCCACGCAGCCCAAAUGAACUCUAACAACCCCAUGAUCAACACCCAAGGGCCACAAGACCAACAAAUGAUGUUCAUGCAAAUGAUGGAGAUGCAAGCGAACAUGAUGGCGCAAAUGCUGCAAGGCGGCCAAAUGCCCAACAUGCCGCAAAACAACGGCUUCCAACAAAAAAACGGCCGCGGCGGCAAAAGCAUGUUCGACCGCAUCGACAAGCGCGGGCAGAACAAACUAAACCGCCAGUCCACACCCGCCACAGAAACCGGCGACAACACAAGUAACAACGGCGGCAUGGACAUCGACCGACCACUGGAACCCGACCGCGGCUCCCCCUUCGACACAAUGUGCAAAUUCAACCUCAAAUGCCUCAACCCAACCUGCCACUUCGCGCACCAAAGCCCCGCCAACACCCGUCCAAACAUCUCCCUCGACAUGACAGAUACCUGCUCCUACGGCCCGGCCUGCACCAACAACAAAUGCCUCAGCCGCCACCCUUCCCCAGCCAUGCGAGGGAACUUCGCCGCGUCCGGCGGAAACGGCGCACCAGGUGGUAGUGGCUUCGCGGGCAGCAAAAGCGAAACAAUCUGCCGCUUCUACCCCAACUGCACCGCGGGCCCCACCUGCCCGUUCAAACACCCGGAUUCCCGCCCCUGUCGCAACGGAGCGGAUUGUGCUGUCGAAGGGUGUACAUUCGCGCAUUCGAGCAUAGCGUGUAGGUAUAACCCCUGUACGAGGGCGGAUUGUCCGUAUAAGCAUGGGGAGGGCCAGAAGAGGGGGGUUUUUAGUGAUAAGGUUUGGACUUCUGGGGUGGGAGAAGAGGAUGGGAGUGCGGGGGUUAGGGAGGAGGCGAUGGGCGGGAGUGGAGAGGGGAAGAGUGGGAGGUUUGCGGGUCUGAUGGAGGGGGGUGCGGGGCUGGGGGAGGAGUUGAUUCUUCCUGGGCAGCAGCAGCAGCAGCAGCAGCAAGGGCAGGUGCAGCAGGGGCAGAAUGGCGAGGCUUCUGCCGCGGUAGAGGUGCAGCAGGAUGUCGUGGCGUAG